UAUUAUACUGGUCAGAUAUAAUAUGUAAUUCGCUCAUGAUACACGUGUACAAUUAAUAAAAACCAGACAAUUUUCAUUUUGAACAAAAAUAUCAAUUUUGGUUACAAUAUACAAAAAAAAAAAUAGAAGUGAUUACAGUAUUGCCAAUCAUAUUGUUAUCUAUUUGUAUUCAUAAGUGAGAGUAAUUAUUACUAAUUUGUAGGAUACUACUUUUUGAAAUUCUGAACAGAGCUAUUUACUACCUAAAAUUAUUUUAUAUUUUCACUUAAAAGUAUUGACGAGAUUACGAGACUGGUCGAGAACUCAAUAGUGAAGACAUGAAAAUACAUUAUUUGACUUAAUUGUUAUUAUAAGACUUAUAUAGUUUUUAAUAAAACUAUACCUACAUCAGCUGUUCACGUGAUAUUUUAGUGAAUACUCAAUUGAUCAAAUCAAUUACAAAUAUGACUAAUGUGAAUUUGAAUAAUUUCAUUAAUGAAACGCAGCAUCAAUUUUUAAACUUAUUAAAUCAAGAAUUGAAAUUUGAUAAAAAUGCCGAUUCGUGGAUGCUUAUGAGUACACCAUGGCCAGUUGUAUCAAUUCUGAUAGCUUAUAUGUUAUUUGUGCUAAAAUUAGGCCCAAAGAUGAUGGAAAACCGGGAACCAUUUAAAAUAAAACGUAUUAUGAUGGUCUAUAACAUUGUACAAACCAUUUAUAACAUAUUCAUUGUAUCAGAGGUAUUUCUUACACCCGGGAUUUACAGAUAUUUAAUGAUCAAUGUAUGUAAUCCAGAUGAAAGUGAAAGUAAUCGUCGUAUCAUAAAUGUGUUCUAUGCACAGUCGUGGCAUUUUUUUAUAUCAAAAAUAUUUGAUCUUCUGGAUACUGUAUUCUUUGUGUUAAGGAAAAAACAAUCUCAUGUUUCAUUCUUACACGUUUAUCAUCAUGUAAAUAUGGUCGUCACUACUUGGACAUUUUUGAGAUUUAUUAAAGGUCAACAAGGAGCUCUUUGUGGUAUUCUUAACGCGAUGAUACACUCAAUAAUGUAUAGCUACUAUUUCCUAUCAGCUCUUGGUCCUCAAAUGCAAAAAUAUUUGUGGUGGAAGAAAUACCUGACUCGUUUACAAAUUAUCCAAUUCAUAUUAGGCCUUAUUUACGGUAUAAGCCUUUUUAUUUACGAUUGUAAAUUUCCGAGACUAUUCACCAUUUACAUGAUAUUCGACGUACUUUUAUUUUUGUACUUGUUUUUAAUAUUUUACAAAAAAACGUACAAAGACAAAAAUACCUAAGUCUCAAUAAACUCGAAGACACCAUAAAACACGCGUAUUAAGCUGUGUCUAUGCAUCUAUAAUAUAAUAUAUACAUAUUUACGUGGAUAUUCGUAAUGUUAAUUAUCAAUUGAUCAGUAUAAAAUACAUAGGUACCUAUACCUAAAACUAUUUAUAUAGAAACAUCAAACAUUGAACUGCAUACGAUACAUCAUACAUACCUACCCAAUAUACAGUAUACGCACAAGAUCCUCUGUAACCAGGAUUUAAUUUGUCAUCUCUUACCACGAUUUAAGUUAAGUAUUUCAACUUAGUGUACAGCCCGUACUCACCCAAAAUGUGGUUAUUAUAUACGAUAUAGGUCACUUUGUACAGUCAAACAUUAAAAAUGUGAAACGCGAACAAUUGUUGUAAGAUCGAGUAAAAAUGAAGAUUGCAGAACGCGGACAUUUUAUACUAUAGUACAUAUAUAUAUAUAUUAUAUACACAAUAUUACUUAUACUACUACAUAAUAUAUAGGUAUAAUAUAAAAAAGUCUGAAUAGUCAUGACCAUUUAAAUUUAAAAUGUUUUUAAGUUUAAAUACCAUUUGGUAUAAUAUCCAAUUUGGUAAAAUUAAUUUAUAAAUAUGGUAAAGCACCAUAAGUGCCCAAUAAUUGGUUGUUACCUGUACAUUUUAGAAACUUUGAUGAUUUUGGCUUAUUUAUAAUAUCUUUGAUUUACUUUCAAAUAUAAAAUAAAUAAAAUAAUGUUUAAAUCUCAUCAAACUUUAUAUUAUAUAUACUUAUAUGUUUACAAUAUAAUAUAGGUACCCACACUAAUACUAUUUAUGUAUAUAAUAGUGCAGUGUCCGGGUUCUGCAAAUUGCAAUGUACCUACAUUUUUACGUGAAGUGUCCGCGUUAUGCAUUUUCAACAAUGGACCCUACAAAGUGACCGUUCAUCCCAAAAUAUAUUCAUGACUCAUCCUACUCUAUUCAAUAAAUUUUAUAAAAACAAUGGCACACCUAUAAAGUAUAAAUGACUGUGGCGUACACAGAUAUUUUCAAUGGGAGGGGUUAGGUAUAUCCGUAUAUAUAAAAAAAAAUAAUAUGUACCUAUAUAUUAAAUAUUUAUAUGAUAAAUCAAAUUAUUAUUUUAAUUUUAUUAAUUUGUAUACAUCUUAACAGUAUACAUAUAGUAAAAAAUACCGAUGUGGGUGGGGGGUAUAGUCUAUACCUAGUACCGCAUGGCUAAACCUCAUUCCAUUUUAAGCCAGGCGCAUAACUGUGUGUAGUUCAAUGUAGAUGGUUACAGAAGAUAUGAUUAUGUAAGUAGAUAGCUGAUAGUUUUAUUAGCGUUUUUAUGGGGGUGGCUGCAGAUCUCCCUGUUAUGUUUCUGAACAUUUUUAAAAAUUAAGUGUUUUAUAUGCAUUGGGCAUCACAAUAUUUUUUUUUUGUGAUUAUUAUAUUACCCGUUACAAUUUUUUUCUAAGAAUAAAUUGACAAAAGUUUUCCUGAUAAAUAAUAAUAAUAUAUCAUUAUAUUCUUAAUUAUAUGCAAAUAUAAAUAUAUCAUUAUUGUAUACCUACCUCAUAUUCGGUAGCAAACUCGGACAUUGUAGGUACUACAUAACUGCCUACUAUAAUAGACGAGAAACACUACUGCAGUUCCAUCGUGAGUGCACUGCUCUUGGUGUGCAACAUAUACCUACACGGUACACGGCACAUUGCGCACAAGAAUUUUUCGAUUUUACAAUACUUUUGAAAUAUACCUAUCUGUAUAAUGUAUCAGUGGCGGCUCGUGAUUAAAAUAUUUGGUGAUGCACACAGUGGUGACUCGUGAUGUUUAAAGUAAAUAAUAUAUUAGUAUUUAGUGUGCAAUUAUUGCAAAAGUUCUUUAAAAAAAUAUAUAUCAAUAAACUCCAAAUUCAAAAUUUUUGAAUGAGAAAAAAUAAAAACAGAAAAUACUGGUGGAUCUAAGACAAUAAUGCCAAUACGGUGAUAUUGCUACAGCUGCACACCGAGGUCCCUUUUAUUUGUUAAGCCCCACAACUCAACGACCGGACGUAUUUACACGGACCGACGGACAGUGUUCUGACCAUAGACCUUAUACUAGUUAAUGUGUAUUUAUUGCAUAUCUCGUCUGUUUAACUGUUUACGCGAAUAUCAAAUGUUUUUUUUAAAAUUGAUUUUUAUAUUAUAGAAUAAUACAGUUUAACAGAUAUUGAAUUAAAAUUAAAAUACAUUUUCACUAUUAUAUCUAUAUUAAUCUAUGUGGUGUUAAUAUUACCUGCACGCCUAGUCACGAAUCACCACUGUAAUAUAUUAAUAUUAUAUAGCUGCAACUUCUCUAUCACGAGACCUGCACACCACCUACACAGAAAUUAACGCAUCAUAAAUCAAAAAUGUAUUAGUUUUUUAGUUUUUAUUACCUACUAUACCUUAUAAUAUAAGACGACUUGAUUUUAGUUUUUAACGAUUGUAACUUACGAUGUGUUUUACUUUUACAAGUAGGGUGUAAAUGUGUAAUCAAUACUAUUUUUGUUCUCCAGAGUAGGUAUGAAAAUUUUAAAAUACUUCUAUGUAACUAUGUAAGUAUAGGUACCUAGGUGCCGUAGGGAUAUCUAACAUCUAAUUAUAUUAUAAAUGAGGUAGUUUAACUGAUAGGUACAAUUUUUUUGAGUUACCAAAAUUACUUUUGUAUGUUUAUAUUGUUCAUAGGAUUUUAUACUUCUAAAAAUGUGCAUACCUUUGGGCAUGGCUAAAUAUAUAUAUAUAUAUAUAUAUGGCUAUAUAUUUAGCCAUUCAUAUGGGUAUAUUAGAUACCUAUAAAGUAUAAAAUAACUAGCUAAUAUAUUAUUUUGAAACUUAAACUUAGAUUAAUAUUAUUAUUUAUUACAAAAUAUUUAAUUAUAAUGUAUACAAUUUUUUAAGGCAAAUGAGUAACAAAAUAAAAAUGUUGUAAAUUAUUAAAAAUUAUUAUUUGAAUCAAUUGAUAACUUUGAACAUUGUUUAAACAUUUUUAAACCUAUUUGAGUUCUCUAGACAAUAUAGGUACACUAAUGAUUAUUAUCAGUAUAUAAUAGUAUAUUAUAUUAUAUUA